AUGGCCAGGAAGAGUGCAGAACUCCAACAAGGAGCUUCUCCACUGUCCCCUGGCCUGGUGACCCUGUCCAGAUUUCCUGCUUUCCCACCAUCAACACAGCCUCUCCAAAUAUCUACCUUCUCCAUUCUGCUUCCCCUUUCUGUCUCCCUGCCACUUUCUAUCCCACCCGUGCACCCUCGAACUUGGGACGGGCGAGGAGGUGGGUUCGGACCGGGAAUCACCCCUUCCCUCCCCGCCCCAGGUCCCCACUCCCUGAGAUAUUUUGCCACUGGGAUGUCCAGUCUCGGCCUACGGCAGCCCCGCUUCAUCGCCGUUGGCUACGUGGACGACACUCAGUUUGCGCGGUUCGACAGCGAUUGGGCGAGCCCCAGAGUGGAGCCGCAGGUCCCGUGGGCCGAGCAGGAGGGUCCCGAGUACUGGGCGCGCGAGACGCAGCGAGCCACCAACGGCGCCCUCCACAUCCGAGUGGCCCUGGACAACCUGCGCGGCUACUACAACCAGAGCGAGGAGGGCUCUCACACCCUCCAGAACAUGCACGGCUGCGACGUGGGGCCCGACGGGCGCUUUCUGCGCGGGUACAGCCAGUUGGGCUACGAUGGCGCCGACUACAUCUCCCUGAACGAGGACCUGAGCUCCUGGACCGCGGCCGACGCGGCGGCGCAGAACACCAAGCGCAAAUGGGAGCAGGCGGGAGAGGCUCAAUACCAGAGGAUCUUCCUGGAGGGGAUGUGCGUGGAGUGGCUCCUCAGACACCUGGAGAACGGGAAGGAGACGCUGCUGCGCAAAGAGCCCCCUAAAGGACACAUAACCUUCCACCGUUUCUCUGAGCAUGAGAUUACACUCAAGUGCUGGGCCCUGGACUUCUACCCUGCAGAGAUCACCCUGAUCUGGCAGCGGGAUGAGGAGGACCUGCUCCAAGAAACAGAGAUGGUGGAGACCAGACCUUCAGGGGAUGGAACCUUCCAGAAGUGGGCGUCUGUGGUGGUGCCUUUAGGAGAGGAGCAGAGAUACACAUGCCAUAUACAGCAUGAAGGCCUGCUGGAGCCUGUCACCCUCAAAUGGGAACAUCCUGCUCAGUCUACCAUCUCCACCACAAGCAUCAUCAUGGUUAUCCUUGUAGCUGGAGUUGUGGUGGCUGGAGCUGUUUAUAUGCACUGCAGGAAGAUGCACUCAGAUGGAACUGGAGAAAAGUAUCUGAGUGAAAAUGGAAAUAGGCAGCGACCAAUCCGGUGCUGGUCUCGGAGAAAAUCUCAGUCCAGGGCUCGAAAGAGCCGGAUGAUUACGGAGCGUGUGCACGCAGUCUCUAGUAGCGCUCCCGGGCCCGUCGACCCGGAACUAACCGUGGCGGGAGAGGAGAGGUUGCAGCCUGGCUUGCUAGGAGCUGGUGAGUACGGGGCGUCCCAUGAGAGAUGCAGCAAAGCGGCGGCCAUACACCCCCUCUCCCCUUGGUUCUGGCCACGAAACGGGCCAGUGGGCCUCAGAGCAGAAUGGAGCCCACCUGGCGUGCUCCUAAGCGGGGUGAAAUUCUCUCGGGUCCCCUCCAGGCCUGAUUGCUCCUCCUAG